AUGGCGGAGGACAAUGCGUCGCGGCUGACAACCGGCGCGCGCGAGGCGCCGAAAUCGACUAGCUUUGCCUUGCUGGAGGCAUUCCAAAAUACCUCGUUUAGCGAGCUGGUGCAGCGGCUGCCGCACAUUCCAUGCGCACGGAGCAGUCUGCUCUUUGGCAUGGCUUCCGGCGCAAGCGUCGGUGUGAUCCAAGUGUUUGCUGGGCGUGGAAUUUCCCGUGCGACCAACUGGGCCGUUGGCUCGUUCCUCUUUGUCUCGGUGGUCGGAUGGGAAACGUGCCGGCGGCAGCGUGCAGCCGAGCAGGCGCGCCUCAAGCAUAUCAUGAGCGAGCAUGCGCGCCGGCGCGAAGAGCGCGGCCAAGCGCCCGACCCGAGCCCGCCCCUGAGUGCUCGGCAUGUCUAA